CUUUUACAAUCACUGGCUGACUUCAGUACUGCGUGUCCUUGAUAGAUUAUUAACUUAAGUGAACUAAUCUUUAUAGUCUUCCGAAAGCAUCAGAGUGAACUGGACUCCUGCCACUUGCAGCUGAAAUAUCUCAUUCCUUUUACAAUUAGUUGGAGCAACUCUGAUAACUGAUUGUUGGAUUGGCACAGCCGAAGAGGACUAAAACUUGGAUUUUUCUGUUCUUUGUUGAAGGUUUGAAGGGAAGCUUUCAAAAUGAGUGCAGCUGAUGACUGACAGUUGACUGAGUCUGUCUUUAGUGUGUAUUCUGGCUGUUGGUAUUGGUAUAUGUGACGAUUUCAGGAUCAUUUGGAGGGAAGAGAAUUAAAUGUUGAAUAUUGCAUAAGACAGAAAUUUCUUGACGACAGUUCAGAGAGAAGUGUUAGUAAAAGGAAGCUACUUCUGCUGAACUAAACAUGGUGGGUACAGGUGGUCCAGUGGCCACUUUCUCUGUGUGGGAUUAUGUUGUGUUUGCUGGAACAAUUUUGGUUUCAGCUGGUAUCGGCCUUUUCCAGGCCAUUCGAGGCCGUAAGGAGACCAGUAGCGCUGAGUUCUUGCUAGGUGGACGGCAAAUGACAGCUGUGCCAGUUGCCAUGUCGCUCACUGCCAGCUUCAUGUCAGGAAUCACAGUCAUUGGCACACCUGCUGAGGCCUACAGGUUUGGGGCUGCAUUCUGGACCUUCGGCUUCGCCUAUGCCAUCAUGUCUGCCAUCACUGCUGAGAUCUUUGUCCCACUUUUCUACAGACUGGGGAUCACCAGUGCCUAUGAGUACCUGGAGAUGCGAUUCAGCCGGCCUAUUCGGCUAAUUGGAACAUCAAUGUACAUCGUGCAGACGGCCCUGUACACUGGGUUGGUCAUCUAUGCUCCAGCUCUUGCACUAAAUCAAAUCACAGGACUCGACCUAUGGGGAGUGCUGGUGGCUACAGGAGUGGUCUGCAUCAUCUACUGCACUUUGGGCGGCCUGAAAGCAGUAAUCUGGACAGACGUGCUGCAGAUGGUGAUCAUGCUGGCAGGUUUUGUGGCUGUUAUAGCUCGAGGAGCUGUACUGCAGGGAGGCCUGGGGAAGAUUUGGGAAGAUGCUGGUCAAGGAGGCCGACUAGAGGCAUUUGAUUUUGACCCAGAUCCUCUGAAGCGACAUACUUUCUGGUCCAUUACAAUCGGUGGCAGCGUGAUGUGGACGUCCAUCUAUGCAAUCAACCAGUCCCAGGUGCAACGCUACAUCUCCUGCAGAACCUUGGGACACGCCAAGAUGUCUCUGUAUGUGAACAUGGUUGGCUUGUGGGUAACUGUGAGUCUGGCUGUGUUUUCUGGCCUCACCAUGUUCUCCAUUUACAAGAACUGUGACCCACUUACAAACGGCGAUAUAAGCACCCCUGACCAGCUGCUGCCCUACCUCGUGAUGGAUAUACUGGCAGCCUAUCCUGGAAUCCCUGGCUUGUUCGUGGCUGCUGCAUACAGUGGCACCCUUAGCACGGUGUCUUCCAGCAUUAAUGCCCUCGUUGCUGUCACUAUGGAAGACUUUAUUCUUCCACUGUGUAAAAACCUCACAGAGAAACAGGUGACCUGGUUGAACAUGGGGCUGAGUGUAUUCUUUGGUGCCCUGUGUAUUGGGAUGGCAGGAAUUGCUUCACUGAUGGAAAGCAUUUUGCAGGCAGCUCUGUCCAUAUUUGGAAUGAUCAGUGGGCCUCUUCUUGGUCUUUACCUAUUAGGCAUGUUAUUCCGCACACCAAAUUCAAUAGGAGGACUUGUGGGAAUGAUCAUUGGUCUAGUGUUGACUCUGUGGGUGGGGAUUGGAGGCCAGAUUUACCCACCAACAGCUGAAAAGACAAAUCCUCUCCCACUCAGCACUGUGGGUUGCAACAGCACCACGGGCCAAAACUAUACGACGGCAGCUCCAUGGACCAGUCCUGUGACCCUGCAGCCUGAUGUCAGGCCACCUCUGGCAGACUCCUGGUACUCUCUGUCCUACGUCUACUUUGCUCUCUUGGGUACACUGACCACAAUGGUGUCUGGUCUGCUGGUGAGCAUCAUCACAGGCGGAUGCAAGCAAGAAAAAUUGAACUCCGAUCUGUUUGUGAAGAAGAGUGACCUGAUCUGCUUUAGCUGGUGUGGUAAACCAGAGGCAUCAGACGUCACGGAAAAGGUGGCAACAGACUUUCAUAUGGAAGCUGACAACCCAACAUUCACAGACUUUGACGUGAUGAGUAAAGACGCUGAAAAAGCCACCAAACUGUAACGCUGCUGUAUGAAUACAUUGUUCCUUCAUGGAGACGUGUUAAUGUAUUUUUUAUAAACACAUAAAUGACAAGCCACGAUUGUUUUGCUGCUACAUACCUGUGGUGCAUUUAAUUUGCAAAGACAAGUAAUUGUAUGUUCCUAUUUAUGUUGAUUAUGUUUCAAGCAUCGUUCUAAAAGUGAUAUAACUGAAUAAUUUAAGAUUUACUUGACAGAAAGGAAGAAGAGCUAGACAACGUGUAAUACAGCUUGGCAAACUGAACUUGAAAAGGAUGUAAUUCAAAUUCCAACACUUGCUUGCUUACGUGGCUAUACGUGAGGUGCUUAAACAGAAAAAACAAAUCCACAGUUGGACAAUGUUCUACAACAGCUGGUGUUAUAAUUUAGUGCUUUACUUAAAGCAGGGAGUUUCUGCUGUUGUCCUAUUCUUCACAAUAAGGAAACAGCAUUUAAAAUAACACAAGGUCACCACAUCUUUUACUGAUUUUUACGGACUAAUUGCGCUGCUCACAUUUCCUGCUUAGCAGUGAUGUGGCAACACUGUUUUGCUUUUAUUGCCCUUUGUUCAAUUGUUCUCUCUGAUAGCGGUUACUAGCCCUAUAUUUCCUACCUGAACAUUGUCCUCUGACGCAGACAGUCAACCUGCAAUAUUGUUUGUUGUUUUACAAUAUGUAUAUGGCAUUACUGGUUUGAAGGAACAAUGGCCAUUGAAUUUUAAGUAUUUGUAUACUGCCUUGUUUUAUAUGAAAAUUGUACACUCUCUAGAGAUUUCCUGUACCAAUUAGUCACAAAUUCUACUUCUCAAUAAAUACUUUGUAGAAGUUCAACCGUGUUGACUGAAAACACAGUGCACAAAUUCAGCACAGAGAACAUCAGUGAAUGUAUGACCUUCAAAUGUAAGAGAGAGAGAGUACAGAACAAGGAAUCCAAGAGAAAUACAUUAACUGUGUAGUUAAUGUUCCGGCCAUGCGGUGUCUACACAGGGUUGUAACAUUCAUUUGAACUGAGCAAGAAAGAGACAGACAGAGAGAAAUUGAGCUUUGGUCUUGAAAUAACCCUGCCCUUUGUCUCCUUGGCAACAUACAAUAGAGGAAGUUUACAAAGCACUGACCUGCCCACUUUUACCUGCCACUAUGCCAGCAAAUCAAGCCUUCAGCUAUUUCAGGUUUGUAGGAAGUGGAGAGUCAGUCGUGACAUGGAGGCAGGCUCACUGUCGGGGAAGUGAACUAAGUUACUAUUUUCACUGAUUCUAACAAAACAAGUACAGGACCUAAUGGCCAUGGAUACCUUUGCCACCUUGGCUUGUUGCCUUCUGGCACUUUCCUUUGCUGUGGCACAAACAGAAAAUGGGAGUUUGACUACAAUCACACCUACAAUAUCAACCCCUGAUGUAAACCUGACACACACGACUACAAUGGCAUCUAACUCUACCGUACCUGUGACUGUUACCUCAAACUCGACUGACGACACGACUCCAUUUACCAACAAGACCCACAACAAUGAAACAUUCACCAAAACUACAGCUGCUACAACGGAGAGCACAAGUCAUCUCCAGACUUCUCAGCCAACAACCAUCAUGACUCCUCUGACAAAUAGUACAUCACUGACGAAGACAACACCGGGAAAUCACACUCCAACAUUUACUGCACCAACAACGCCAGCAAUGCAGACGACAGAAGCUAACACAAGUACACCCGAUACUACAGUAAUUACAACUGCAAAUUUGUCUCACACUGUCUACACAACCUCAGAUUCACCGGACAGAAGCACACAAGGUUUGCGUCUAAACAUGUCAGAAAAGAAUAUGACUAUUCUCUUCAGCGUUGUACUUGGAGUGUUUGCUAUGGCCGUGGUUGUGUUCAUGUUUCAUCAAUGCAAACAGAAAAUCCAAUACUUGCACCAACCUCUCAACAACACUGAUGACACGGAUGCAUUUGUGGCAGGCGAUGACACACUCGUAAUUUCUGGAGGACUUUAUGAUGGCCAUCCAAUAUACGACAAUGUACCAACACCCUCAGCAGACCAAUCUCAAUUCCGCCUCGAGUUCCUUCAUUAAGAAGAGAGUGUUCGUACACUUUGUGAUCACCUCUGGUGCUCGACAGGCAUGGACAAUACAAAUCAUCCUCACCCGUUAAUUAGUACAAUUUCAAGACUGAAAUGUCCCCACUGUGAAAUUCAAAUUCUUGAUGAGACUAAUGGCAGAGAGGAGGGGACAAUGACGAUGUACAAAACAUUCAAACAAGGACGAUGCUGAUUGAUUUGAACAUUUUACUAAUCAAUGUCAAUAUUAGGAUACAUGAAUAUAUUAAAUUAUUAUAUAUAUUAAGAUUAUAAUACUUAACAACUACACCAUUUGUGCAGAAUUAAUUACAUUUCAUUUGAAGUAUUAUUACACACAACACAAUGAACAACAAUAAAAUACUGAAAAACAUA